UCAGCAAUGAUCCUCCACAGUCUGACUCAAAGCCCAGGGCAGUGUCUCCAGUACCCAGCUGUGUGUCCAUGAAGAGUGACUGCUCUAUGGUGUCGCCUCCAGUCUUCAGCAAUGUUCCUCCACAGUCUGACCCAAAGCCCAGGGCAGUGUCUCCAGUACCCAGCUGUGUGUCCAUGAAGAGUGACUGCUCUAUGGUGUCGCCUCCAGUCUUCAGCAAUGUUCCUCCACAGUCUGACCCAAACAUCCACUCGGGUCUUUCAGGAGAUUGCAGCUCCCCCCAGUCCAGGAAGAGAUGCAAGAUACAACCUGACACAACUAUGGCACCAACACCUUCAAUCAAGAGGGCUACGUUAUCAGACAACCAUAAGCUCAAUGAAGUACUGAUGAGCCACAAAGCCAGCAUGAAGAGAAGAUUUGAGAACAUAUGUGAAGGCAUCGAACGGCCAGGGGCUCAAACACUCCUGAACGAUAUCUACACAGAGCUGUACAUUACGGAGGGAGAUAGUGAGGGCAUGAACAAUGAACAUGAAGUUUGGCAGGUAGAAGCUGCAUUCAGAACACAAACAACAGAGGACACAGCCAUAAAUUGCAAUGACAUUUUCAAGCCCUUACCACGACAGAAAGUACAGACAAGAACAGUCAUGACAAAGGGAAUUGCUGGCAUUGGAAAAACAGUCUCAGUGCAAAAGUUCAUUCUUGAUUGGGCAGAGGAGAAAGCUAAUCACGAUAUAGACUUCAUGUUUGUACUUCCCUUCCGGGAGCUGAAUCUGGUUAAACAUGAUCCGUACAGCCUCCACAGGCUCCUACUUGACUUCCACCCUGAGCUUAGGCAGUUAGAGAAUGCUGAGUACCGAGAUUGCAAUGUCGUGUUCAUCUUUGAUAGUUUGGAUGAGAGUCAACUCCCACUUAGUUUCCAAGAGAAGCAGAAAUUGUUUGAUGUGAAACAAACAGCAUCAGUGGAUGUGCUGAUGACAAGCCUCAUUCAGGGAACUCUGCUUCCCUCUGCUCUCAUCUGGAUAACCUCCAGACCAGCUGCAGCCAGUCAGAUUCCUCCUCAGUGUGUGGACCUGAUGACAGAAGUGCGAGGGUUUAAUGACACACAGAAGGAAGAGUAUUUCAUAAAGAGAAUCACUGACCAAACUAAAGCCAACAGAAUAAUUUCGCACAUGACGACAACAAGGAGCCUCCACAUCAUGUGCUACAUGCCUAUGUUCUGCUGGAUUGCUGCCAUUGUCCUUCAGCAGAUACUUGAACAGAAUGAUUGGAAAGAAGUCCCUAAAACUCUGACCGAGAUGUUCAUACAUUUCCUGCGUAUCCAGACCACAAGGAAGGACCAGAAGUAUCAAAGAGAUGGUGAGACAGAUGGGCACCUGAAAUCACAUAAGGAUGUAAUUUUGAAGUUGGCAGAGUUGGCUUUCAAGCAUCUAGAGAUUGGCAACCUCAUGUUUUAUGAAGAAGAUCUGAAAGAGUGUGACAUUGAUAUCAAUGCAGCGUCGGUGUACUCUGGCAUGUGCACUGAGAUCUUCAAAGAAGAAUCUGUGUUUCAGCAGAGGAAGGUCUAUUGCUUUGUACACCUGAGCAUUCAGGAGUUUCUUGCAGCACUGCAUGUGUUUUCUUCUUAUCUGAAUAAGAAUAUGAUUGCCUUAGGACCUUUUGUGAAAACAAAAGCCAAGGUUACAGCAGAUGCAGACAUGACCCUUGAUGAGCUAUUGAAGAGUGAAGUGAACAAAGCUUUGGAAAGCAAGAAUGGACAUCUUGAUUUGUUUGUUCGUUUCCUUCAUGGCAUUUCUCUCGAAUCAAAUCAGAAACUCCUGCUUGGCCUCCUGACACGCAUACACAGCAGCCCAGAGAGUGUGAAGAAAGUGAUUAAGAACCUGAAAGAGAUUCAGAGACCGAACAUCUCCCCUGAGAGAUACAUCAAUCUCUCCCAUUGCCUGGUGGAAAUGCAUGACUCCUCUGUUCAUGAUGACAUCCAGGCUUUCUUGAAGAAGGGAAAGGGUUCAGUGACCAAGCUCUCACUUGCUCAAUGCUCUGCCUUAGCUCAUGUUCUUUUGAUAUCUGAUGACGUACUGGAUGAGUUUGACCCCAAAAAAUACAACACCUCUCAAGAAGGUCGCAAGAGACUGGUUCCAAUUGUCAGAUGCUGCAGAAAGGCCAUACUUGCUGGAUGUGGACUGACAGAGACAUCCUGUGAUACUGUGGCCUCAGCCCUGCAGUCUGUGAACUCCCCCGUCAGAGAUCUGGACUUGAGUCAUAAUGUCCUGCGGAGGUCAGGAGAGAAGCUGCUGUCUGGACUUCAGAAUUCACACUGUAAGCUGGAGAUGUUGAGAUUAACUGACUGUAAGCUGACAGAGAAGAGUUGUGAGAAUGUUACCUCAGUUCUGCACUCUGCAAACUCCACUUUAAGAGAAUUGGACCUGAGUGACAAUGAUCUACAGAAGACGGGAGAGAAGCUGCUGUCUGGACUUCAGAGUCCAAACUGCAAACUGCAGACACUGAGACUUGCUGGCUGUAAAAUGACUGGUGAAUCCUCUGAGAUUGUAGCCUCUGCUGUGCAGUCUUGUGCCUCACUGACAGAGCUGGAUCUGGGUGAUAAUCACCUGAGUGUGCGUGGAGUUCAGCUUCUACAUACAGCAUUACGUCACCCCAACUGUAUGCUGCAGACUUUGAGACUUGUUGGCUGCGGACUCACUGAGGAGGCUGGUUGUAUUUUGGCUUUUGCUCUGCAAUCAGUAAAUUCCCACCUGAGAGACCUGGACCUUAGUAAGAACAUUCUGGGUAGUUGUGGAGAGGAGUUCUCUGAAGCACUAAAUCCACACUGUAAGCUGGAGACACUGAGGCUUGCUGGGUGUGAACUGACAGAAGGACCCUGUGAGGUCAUAUCAUCUGCUGUGCAGUCUUGGGUCUCCCUGACAGAGCUGGACCUGAAUGCCUGUGAUCUGACACUGGAGCCAAACACAGCAUACAUAUACCUGUCUCUCUCUCAGGGGAACAGAAAGGUGACACAUGUGAGUGAGGAGCAGCUGUUUCCUGACCACCCAGACAGAUUUGACUACUAUAAUCAGGUGUUGUGUAGAGAGGGUCUGUCUGGACGUUGCUACUGGGAGGCUGAGUGGAGUGGUGGUUUGCCUGUGAUAGCAGUGGCAUAUAAAAGUAUCCAGAGGAUAGGAUCGGGGGAUGAGAGCAGGUUUGGACAGAAUGACAAGUCCUGGAGUCUGAGUUGCCAUGGUGGCAGUUACACUGCCUAUCACAAUAAGAAAACGACAGUCAUAGCUGCCCCUUCCUCCGCCUCUAGCAGAGUAGGAGUGUACCUGGACUGGCCAGACGGCACUCUGUCCUUCUACAGCGUCUCCUCUGACACACUCACCCACCUGCACACAUUCCACUCCACAUUCACAGAGCCUCUCUAUCCUGGGUUUUUGUCCAUUUAUUCUUCUUCUGCAUUGUCCCUGUGCCAAAUCAGGUUAGCUCCUCAGCCUACAGGAACAUCAAUCAUGUCGAGCCUAGCCUCACGCAGCUUGAGACCACAGGAAAGCACAGGAGGAAAUAGGUUGACCUGAGCCCUGCACAGCUCACCAAGAUGCAUGGCUGGUCUUAAAACUCUUAAGUUGUACUUAAGCCUAAGUAGUAAGUAGGUGGUGCCCCUUUGACAACAUAUCAGAAAUGGCCUACUAGGUCUCACAUCAUCACUGAAAGUUUAUAUAUACACUAUUUUACCUCGCACACACAUUUUAAACAACCCUUUUAUUUGCAUGUGUGAGAAGCUGAGAACAAAUAUUGCAAAAAGGACUAUUAAAUUUAUUGUAUGCAUUAACUUUUAGUGAUGCGGUAUAUUGACUAGUAUAGGGGGCACCUCAUACUUAAGUACAAAUUAGGCUUAAAAUGUUUUUGGGAAUCACAGCCCUGAGCUCUGAGGGAUAGUGAAGAAAGUCAAAUACUGCCAUCUACUGCACCUAAAAAGAAGUCAAAGUUGCUACCAAAAACACAAAUGAAAAGGUCCUGUAUAUUAAUAACUGUGUGUAUUCCCAUUUAUUUCUGAGGAUAUUACACAAACACAAAAUUAAAGGGAUGCCUGUCAUGCCAUCCCUCUCCAAGAUAAGGUCUAAAGUGUACUGAAGACAAAUGUUCUGCUAUACAUUUUGUGCUGUCAUUUACGGACCUUAUGAAUCAUGUUUCUCAGCUGUUUGUACAUGUGUGUGCUUGUGUGUGGAUUACAAGUGGUACAUGUAACACUUCACUGUGAAUCUGAUAGCUGCCACAUCGGCAAAAAUGUAUUUAAUAUUUUACAACAGCGUUCCUGAUUUAAAAAUUAAGCAUGCUGAAAACUUAACCUGACAACAAUUGGGUAGGCUAUUUUUACAUUUGUGUGUGUGUGUGUACUGUAUAUAUAUUUUUGAAAGUUUUGAAUGAAGUCAGUAAUCAAUAUUUUUGGUAAUUGACAAUGAACGAAUAGCACAAGAAGCACCAUAGCCAUUCAAAAUGGCCUGGUAAACAAGCUAUUAUAUCAA